AGCCUAGUCAUGUGAAAUGAGUGGGUUAGGUUACAAGUUAGAAGCUUUGGGAAAGAAAUCGGAAGAUGUUGAUGCAAAGCUCAGUAAUAUUUUCAUCAAAGCCUGCGUGGGUGAAAGCAGUACACCGCACAUCCUCCACCGAUUCCAAUUCCAUGGCUGCUACCGUCCCCGCCCCCAAGUGGGCUCAGAAGACCGUAACUCUUCCUCCCCUUCGGCGAGGCUGCCAUCUCGUUACGUCUCAGAUAUUGAAGGAAAUUAGACCAGAUUUAUCAGAAUUUAAGUGUGGCCUUGCUCAUCUAUUCCUGCAACACACGAGUGCUUCUCUUACUAUCAAUGAGAAUUAUGACUCAGACGUUCGUGACGACACCGAGACGUUCCUCAACAAAAUAGUCCCUGAGGGAAGAUCUGCGCCUUGGAAGCAUACGCUUGAAGGCCCUGAUGACAUGCCAGCCCAUAUCAAAUCAUCAAUGUUUGGCUGCGCCCUCACGUGCGUAUACUUCGGAUUCCCAUUACAGAUGGACGUCUUAACAUGGGAACUUGGCAGGGGAUUUGGCUUUGUGAGCAUCGCGAUGCCCCAACAGCUCGUAGAGUGGUGGUGACCCUCAAUGGCAUCUGAGCCUACAUCGGUCUUUUUGUUUGUUAAUUUUAAUUUUAGAGCCCCAGCAAAAACGUGGAGAAACACCCACAAAAAACCGGCGAGGGAGGUGUCAGGGAGACUACAGCCGCCAGAGGAAGUUUUUAACCCAUCUCAUUCUGCCGGCCAAAGGCAGAAGAAAAUGAUGGAGGUGGUCGGAACCCACUUUAUUGUUAAAAAAGCUAGAAAGCUGGGAUAAGAGAGAGUUAGAGAAAGCGUUUUAGAGACCUAUAAUGGAAAAUUUUCAAUUCACUCCAUUUCUCUGUUAAGAUUAAUUGAUGAGAUAUUUUUUAAACUUAAAAAAUAUGCUGGAUAUUGUUGAUCGGUUCACGAAA